CGCAGACGGCCGCACUGAUCUUUGGCCACGCCCCCCUGGGGCGGAGCCUAUAAUUCGGCACCGUAAUAGCUGCGGCUCAGCGGUUUUCCAGAGAGAAGACAACAAAGAUCUGCCCUUUCCGCUCCUCCUGCUGCCCUCCUCACAUAUCCUGCCUCCGCCAGUUAGAAAGCAGUGCUGAACUCCUGCUUGAUGAUGAUAAAUCUGAAAGGCGCUACAGAAGAGCAGAGGAAAAUGGCUAGAUGACAACAGCUAUGCCCAUAUAACUGAUAAACCCUCAGUUCAUCGACUUCACUUCCUGUCUCCUUCUGCCCCCCCUCCUGUCGCCAAUCUCAGUCAUGUUGUUUAAGAGGAAGCUGUAUGUCAUCUUGGGGAUCGCUGCAGUCUUCCUUCUCAUGCUGGCCAGCCAAAGCAUCCAUAGGAAGCACUUCCAGCCACUGUCAUUGGCUCAGCUCAACAGCCGGGCCGCGCCCACCAGCAAGGAGGCAGCUGUGGAACCCACGGUGGCUCCUCCCGCUUCGACCCCACCUCCUGUCAACACCAUCGAUGCUGACGAGGAGAACAACCCACGGUCAUGUGGUUGCUCCGAGUCCUGUGUUUCGGACCUGGACUGGUCUGACUGGUUCACCAAACGCUACGACCUAAAACAGCAACCCAUCCUCCGUGCCACCAACAACUUUGACCCAGAUGCACUCGCGUGGUGGCUGAGUCUUCAGCAGUCAGGUAAAGAUAAGACUUUAGAGGGCGUGGUGUCGAAAAUGUUCCAGAUCAUUCCCCCGCCCACUCUGGACACCACGCCCCACCCCUCCCGCUGCCGUAGAUGUGCCGUGGUCGGCAACUCUGGCAACCUGCGGAGGUCUGGCCACGGCAAACUGAUAGACUCACACAGCUUUGUGAUCCGAAUGAACAAAGCAGUGACGCAAGGCUUUGAGAAAGACGUGGGGAAUCGGACCACACAUCACAUUCUGUACCCGGAGAGCGCGGUGGAUGUGGCUCCAGGUGUCAGCCUCAUCCUGCUGCCGUUCAAACUGAGAGACCUGGAGUGGCUGACCAGUGCGCUGUCCACCGGCGAAGUCAAAAUGACCUACAUGAGGGUUAAAGACAGAGUGAAGGCCGAUAAAGACAAGGUUCUGGUGGUGAAUCCUGUGUUUUUUAAGUAUGUUCAUGAUAAUUGGACUGAGCAUCACGGUCGUUACCCGUCUACUGGCAUGCUGACCAUCAUCUUUGCUCUGCACACCUGUGACCAGGUGUCGGUGUUUGGUUACGGUGCUGACCAGCAGGGGAACUGGCAUCACUACUGGGAGGAAAACCGCUACGCCGGAGCCUUCAGGAAGACCGGAGUCCACAGUGCCGACUAUGAGACAGAAAUCAUCCACCGGCUCGCCAAGGAAGGCAAGAUUAGCCUCCACCUUUAACAUGACCACUCAGCUGGUGACUGGAGAGCCCAAACAACCAAAUCUGAGCCAGUCUUUGGGUGUUUUCACACAGAAAUAAAAACUCUAUUUUUAACUUUUAAAACCACACUUGCCUUGAGCUGGGUGAAGCCAGGCUUGGUUCAGCAUGCUGUUGAGCUUAAUCAUCUGUGAACACAGGCGUGAAUGUGGAGCAGCUUCACACACCUGCUGAUCCAAGAUCAGAUACAGAUGUCCUGUGGAGACUCCUUUUGGGUCAUGAAGAAGGUUUACCAAGGCUUUGUUAGGGGGGCGCUUGACGGACUGUCCUGCAGUCUGUGAUUAAUGGGAUUGACCACAAGUUUUGCUCUGAGCUGGAAACAACCACAGGUGUUUUAAAAUGUUUUUUAUCCUGUUUCAUAGACAUUAUGUUACUUUUCUUUUUUAUUGAAGCACUUUGAUUUGAUGAGGAGAUGUGGGAGGAGGCCAUACGGUUGUUUCGCCCACCAACUGCAUAAGAUCAGUUUAUUCCAUCCAGUGUGUUUAAUUGUUAAACCCAUCAUGUGCCAGAAGGACUGGAUCUGGGAUCAGAACCGAAGUAUUUGAAAUGCGAGACAAUAAUUUCUUCUUGAUAAGCUGUGGAAGAGGCCCGUGUUGGGUUCGUCCCGUGGUUCACCGUUUACAUGAUUCAUCUGUCUGCAAAUAUUCAUCUCACCUUUACUCCGUUAUGCACGAUGUGUUUAGAAGAAGUCCUGAAUCAAUAACAAAUGAUGCGUGGCUCAGUUCCCACUAAGCCCCACCCUCUUUAGUUCCCGUUGCUAAUUCGGAUAAGCCGCCACCGCUAACUGCACGUUUAAACAGAGAGCAGUCAGUGCUGAAGCAAUUCCUUGGGAAGCUGUUGAAAACCUUUGGAGGCUCCAACAGCUGGUGUCUUUGAGGAGCCAUCAGAACUGUCAGAGGCCACGCCUCGUAGAUGUACCUAAUGCCAGACUAGGAGGCAUGGAACUUCAGAUCACAAAGGAGAAGACUCAUCAAAUGUCACUCAUGUCUGAUGGAGAAAAUCACUGAAGACCAGAUCGUUGAUGCUCAUCAGCUUAAUGUGUUAAAUUCACUGGUAUGCUGUAGCGAGCGUGUCCUAUUUGUUGGUUCCUUUAAAACCUGGUUCCGUUAGAACCUUAGAAUACGCUGCUUUCUCAGGGAAGUUGGGGCCGCAGGUGAGUAUUAUUGUACUAGACCCUGGUUUGGACCACGCACCUUUAAUUAGGACUCACCUUCUAGUUUAAGGUGAAAUGAAAUUUGUCCUACUUGUUCUUCCGUGAUAACACCACUUUUUUUUUAGUUUCUCCCGUUAUUUAUUGGUUUUAAAUACUAGGGCAAAGUUCACAAUGAGGCCAUCUUUGUGAUUAUUAUUUGGGUCCUAUCAGGAUUAAUUUGCGCCUCUGUCAGCAUUUGUGGGCGGUGGUAACUAGAAAAUGAUUCUUAUUAGUUGGCCAGACUAACAUACAUUUAUCAAUUAAUCUAAUUAAUCCACCCUUCCCACUAAACAAAGACUUUUAGUGCAAAAAUAGCCUGUUUGAACCAACGAACCGUCAUGAACUAUAGUCCUUAGGAUGUCCCGCUACCGAGAAGGGGGGGGGGGGGGGGAUUUCUCCCUCAGUUAAGGUUUUCUUUUCUUAAUCUGUCACAACCUGUAAACAAGUCCUGCCGUACAGGAACAAGCUAUUCAAGGUAGCUUACCUCCAAAAGAGGAGAUGAUGGUCAGGGCCCCCCACUCAAACCUAUAAAAAGGACCUUUAAGAAUCAAGAAUGAGGUUUCUUUUUCCAAAAAUUUAUUUAAAAAAUUGCAAAAUACAAAAAAUAAGUAAAUAUAAAACUAACCUAUCCCCUGUGGAGGAUGUUAAUGCUAAAAUCUUCCUGAGAAUAAAUGGUUGACUUGUGUCAACACCAACCUGUCACUCUCUAACUCUAGGUACGACUCUCUCCUUCUCUCCCCAACGACUUGUCUCUCCACUGUCGACUGCCCCAACUGUUCCAGCUCUGCUUCUAGCUGCUCUUUUUAUACUAUUCUAAACAACUGCCAAGCAAUAUCUCAAACAGUCAUGAGACAGCAAAACAGUGUGAUCAUUUGUCAGUUUCUUACCUUAGCUCAACACAAGACAGCCAAACCCAUAUGAUGUCACAUUUGUAAACUGGUCUUCAGCUCCCCCCAAAGUCCAGAACUUUCCAUGGAGGGCUUGUCCUCUUCUGAGAUGCUUUAUCUUCAGUUGGUCUUCUUCUGUCCCAGCUUGGGUGCGUGUUGUUCAGUUGGGCCCCUCCUUCUUGUCUUUUGGCUGAUUUUACUCGCAUGAGCAAGUUCAGUGUGCCACAGUGUGGGUCCAAUCUUAUCUCUGUGGCCCACCUGUUGACUCCGUUUCUUGCCACUGUUUUGGCAUGUGGGAACUUGCAACAAUGCUAGCUGAACAACAGCCUGCUAGGUGGCUAGCUUCAGGAAGCUCAUUGUUUCUUGGUUUUAUGUGAUACAAAACUUUUAUCUUUCCUUGGAACAAUCAGACAUCCGUGUUUAUUAUUAUGUCACAGUUAGGGGUAGACCGAUAUUUGCUGUUUUUAUGCAACAGCAUCAGAUGAUAUUUGUCCUCAGUAAAGCUGAUCUAAAGUCAGGCAUGUCCUCGGGCAGCCCGGUGCUGAUGCAGAAUUUAAUUUAAAUGUAAUUUUACAUUCACUAAUAACAUCUGUAUAAUAAAUACUCUAAAUUAACUUUUUCUAGGUGUCUGACUUUAACACUGAGCAGUGCACAAAGUUAGGAUUUAACAGUUUGUUAAAUUCAGAGUAAAAAACUGAUUCUGAUUCAGAAAUUUUGUGCAUCAACUGAUGUUAUUAGUGAUAUUUUAGCAUGAAAUAAGGUCGACAUUGUCUGCAUAUAAGCCAUGGAGAUGGGCCCAUAAAAGUCAGCAGUACACAUCGGCUGAUCGUGUCUCUUACACAUCUGCAUCGGCAUCAGCAAUAGAAACCAAUAUCAGUCGGCCUCUAUUCUUGGUGACUGUGGUCUGCCACAAGCUUUAGUCAACAGAGACAUUUAUUCAUAUUUUGCUUCAGUUUAGGAAACAGGAUAAACUAAACUUCAUUGAUUAUUCUCUUGGACGGCCACGUCUUGCUUUAGCAUGCACCCUAGGAAGAUCGGUUCACCGUUUUUCUAUUUUAGAGCACAAAUGAAGCCCAGAAAUCCACAACCCUGAUGCUUCUCCAUAGAGAGAGAUGGUGAGGACGUCCGAGUCUGCUGGUUUUUAGGAAAAUGCUGUUUGUACGUUUGUGCCUGGAGGUGAGGGGCUGAGUGGGACAGAGCCACAGGGCAGUUCUGUUUACCGAUAAACAGUCGUGAUAAGCAACAUGAGCAUCAUAAUGAGAAAAAGUUCUGAGCUCAGAGAGUUUUAGACCAAAGCUGGAAGCUCAAGAUGGCUGGACAUGAUGAACCCAGUCCGUAACGACAAACACGAAGGAGACAACCACAAGUUUAAAGAUUUAUUCAGCUACGAGCGUAACGAUCAUGACACAUCGGUGUUCAGCAUGUCGUAACAAAACUAAAGUGCAGUUUCAGUUCAACCAAAAGGAAAAACAUGCAUGCAGAGACACCAGCGAGAGGAGCAGGCCUGGAGGCCAGCUGCUGCACCGUGAAUGUAUUUCUGCUGACUAACACACUUUUAUGUUUGUGUCACAGUUUAAACUUUUGAGUUUUCAGCUUUCUUUGAAGAAAUCUUUAGUGCCUGACUGCUUUCAGCUGUUGGAAUGUGCCUUUUAUGAAUGCAUGUGAACAAGGUGGUUAACUGUGGGACCAUUGGGAAUAAGUUAUUUAGAUUUAAAUGUGUUCAUUUGGAAAUGUUGUGCCUUUUUUUGUUCUUCUAACAGAAAACCUAUCAAGUUGGUUUGAUUAGAUUGUUUUACCAUUAAGAAAGAAGAUAUUAGAACAUCCUGAGCUGAGAGUCUUACUCAGGUUAGUAAAAGAUCACUUAACGUGCAUUUAGUGAAUUUGGACGACCGGUUUACCCUAACCCCUUUCUCACUGCGAUUGCACCUCUAGUCUAACAAACUUGAGUUUUAUUGAGGAAAACAAACUUUUUCAAACUGUUUGACACCUGUGUGUGAACAGGAGGUACCUUUUUCAGAAGAUGUUUGACCUACAGCCUUCUUCACUCACACCGACUGUUCCUUUGUGCCUUAAAAACAAAACCAACAUUUCCCUCUUCAUCCCAAUCCGGUCAACAUUAAAUUCUAAUGAUGCGGAGCAGAAAUCAUAAAUAUCAUUCAAAAAAAUGUCCGUUCUUUGAAUUUAAAAUCACUGUUGUGGACAUGUGUGCCCUCUAGUGGCGGGAUGGUGGUAUUUCAGCAUUUUGUUAGAACAAUGAGGAUAUUUGUUUCACAGAAGAAAAAAAUCAAAGCAAUUCAGAUGGAGUCUAAUAUGUGAGUAAAAAGCUCCACUUUUCUUGGUUUCAACAUCCAACAAAUCUGUUUGCAGAAUCAGGUUUAGAUGAUUGAAUUUACUGCUUCCCACGACUGUCUCAUCCCUGUUCAGUUGAUGUCCCUGAUAAAUAUUAGAUGGCGAUUAAUAAUAUUCCAAAAUACUGCUAGACCUGCCAGAAAAAAACUAAUAAAUGAUCAUAAUGCUGGAUUACCUGCUGGAGGCUGCCGCUGUGUCAUCACCUCGCUUCACCUGAGCAGGAACAAGUUUAAUAUGGUUUUUUUUUUGUUGCUUUAACCCUUUGCUUUUCACAUUUUCGCUGAAACGUGGUUUCUUCAGAUUUUACAUCAAAUUUCAUGCAGUAGAUUGUAUGAGAAUCAGGGAUGCAUGAGAGUGCAGGUGGAAAUAAUCAGCAGAUGUGCAGAAAUCCCUUAGUGAACAUCUGUAUGAAGCAACAGCUGCUGCCCAGACAACGUGUUCAGCUUUAAUUCAGCUCUUAGCCCUUUUACACACCAACUCACAAAAUGUUGAUGCCAAACAGAGAAGAGCACUGUGACCUUUUACCAGAACAAAAACAUGUAUUUAACACUUACUUUGAAUAAAAUAAAAACCACAUUGAAACAAAA